UUUAGUGAAGAUGCCCCAAAAAAUAUUUUGGAAACUAAGUCUGAUAUAAAUCCUAUUGGAGUACUUCAAGAGUUAUGUAUGGCUAGAAGAUGGCAACUUCCUGAAUAUGAUUUUCCAUCUGAUGAUUCAGGGGAACCACAUAAUCGAUGGUAUAGAGUAAUAUGUUCAAUUUUGAAGUAUAAAACUCAAGGAGAAGGAAAAACAAAACAAGGAGCAAAACGACAGGCAGCACGUCUGAUGUAUGAUCAAGUAAAAAAUUUGUCACAAGAAGAAAUUGCUGCCCUUUGUUACAAUGAGCCUCCUCAAUCAACUAAUGGUUCACCCCAAAGUAGUGAGGCAGAUGACCAUAAAAAGAAACCUGUACAGUUCAUUUCAACUGAUGCUUUAAAACAAGUUGAAACAUUCUUUAAUCAAAAUUCAGAAUCCUUAAAUGACUUGAAUACAGGAGCUGUUGAAUUAUUGGAUAAAAUUGGAGAAGAAGAAGGUUUUCAUGCGUCAUAUGUUAUGUUGUCAAAAAAAACUGGUAAGUAAAUUAUGUAAAUCACA